AUGGGGUACAACCUCAGCUCUGCGGAGGUAGGAAUCUUUGAUCCUGCAGUGAUUCUGGGUGAAGACACCGAGUGCAUUAAGUACCCCGGAAUACAAGGAGCCCCACAGAACCUCACUCCUGCUGUCGUUCCCGCGAGAACCAGGCACCACUUCGCGUGGGGGGAGGAGGCGAGGGGGAGCGGAGCGGAAGGGACACGCCCUGACUUCCGGGAGGAAGGUUGGCGACCGCAGUUAUCGAAAGCUGAGGGUUGUAUUCGCAGAAGGAGGAGCCCUGCGAGUGGUCAAGUGGCAAGGAAAGUGAGGCCUGUUCUGAGGACUGCUGCCUCGGGUGAGCGGAGGGAGGAGUCUGAGAUCCUGCCGGGAGUCAGGUUGGCGGUCCUCUUUUACCCACUCUCCUGCCCACAUUCCUGUCUGCUGCUGCCGACCAGAGUGAACAUGUCUCAGGGUCAAGAGAUUCCACACUGCACGCAGGAACAGCACCAUGCCCUCAGUGAACCCCAGGGCCUGGAGGCUGCACAGGUCUCCGGGGUGCUGGAGGAGACCUCUCCCUUCUUCCAUACUCUAAUGCUUGCCUAUUUGAAUGAGGCUCUGGCUGCUGGGGCACCCAGUACUCCCCACAGUCCUCAGCGUGCCUACUCAUGUUACACUGUCACUACAACCAUCUCAUCAAGCAAAUCAGAUGAGGUCGCCAGCAGCCAGGAAAGGGAGACAGGGUCAGCUUCUUCAAAGUCUCUGUCAGAAACUGAGAACUUGCCCACAGACCCUCUAGAUGAGAAGGUGAUUUUGUUGGUGCAGUUCCUGCUGCAAAAGUAUCAAAUGAGAGAUCUGACCACAAAGGCAGACAUGAUUGGUGAUGUUAUCAGAGAGUACAAGGAUGACUUCCUUGAGAUCCUCAGGAGAGCCUCUGAGUGCAUAGGGCUGGUCUUUGGUAUUGAUGUGAAGGAAGUGGAUCCCACCAGCCACAGCUAUGCCCUCAUCAACAAACUAGGCCUCACCUGUUAUCCGAGGCUCAGUGGUGACGAGGGCAUGCCCAAGACUGGCCUCCUGAUAAUUAUCCUAGGUGUGAUUUUCAUGAAGGGCAGUCGUGCCACUGAGGAGGAGAUCUGGAAAGUGUUGAAUAUGAUGGACUUAUAUUCUGGGAGGAAGCAUUUUAUCUUCGGGGAGCCCAGGAAGCUUAUCACCAAAGAUUUAGUGGAAGAACAGUACCUGGAGUACUGCCAGGUACCCAGUAGCAAUCCUUCACGCUCUGAAUUCCUGUGGGGUCCAAGAGCCCAUGCUGAAGCCAGCAAAAUGAAAUUGCUAGAGUUUUUGACCAAGAUCCAUGAAUCUGACCCUACUUGCUUCCCAUCCCAGUAUGAGGAGGCUUUGAGAGAUGAAGGAGAGAGAGAGCCUGAGCUAGGGUUGGAACCAGGGCUGGCAAUGCUGCCAUGGCCAGGGCACUUUCCAGUGCCAUAUCCAGUAGCUCCUCCCAGCCCUAGUGAGGUCUGA